AUGGCCGCUGCGUUCAUCGACGUCGAGGACGUCGCGCUUCGCUACCGGCCCCACGGGGCUGUCGAGGGCACGCUGGCGGUCGAGGGGCUGAGCCUCUCGGUCGCCGAGGGCGAGUUCGUUGCCGUGGUCGGACCGUCCGGCUGCGGCAAGUCGACGCUCAUGAAGCUCGUGACCGGGCUUCAAUUCCCGAGCGCAGGAAGGGUGCGGGUGGCCGGCGACGCGGUCACCGGCCCCGUCAACAUCGCGGGCAUGGCGUUCCAGAACCCGGUGAUGCUCCCGUGGCGCACGACCGCGGCGAACGUGCUGUUGCCGAUGGAGAUCGUGCAACCGCAUCGAAGCAACAUCCGAAGGAACCGCGCCUCCUAUCAUGAGCGGGCCGAUGCGCUGCUCGCAUCUGUCGGUCUCGAAGGCGCGGGCGAGAAGUUCCCAUGGCAGCUCUCCGGGGGCAUGCAGCAGCGCGCGUCGCUGUGCCGUGCCCUCAUCCACGAGCCGAAGCUCCUCAUGCUCGACGAGCCGUUCGCCGCGCUCGACGCCUUCACCCGCGAGGAGCUGUGGUGCGUCAUCCGUGAUCUACAGGCGGAGAAGGGCUUCACCACCGUGCUGGUCACCCACGACCUCCGCGAAGCGGCGUUUCUCGCCGACCGCGUCCUCGCGAUGAGCGCGCGCCCCGGCCGGAUCCUCGCCGAGCGCACCGUGGAUCUCCCCCGCCCGCGCGAUCUGGAAGUGAUCUACACCUCGGAGUUCGCCGACAUCGUGUACGAGCUUCGCGGCCACAUCGCGCACGCGAGGAGCUGA